AUGGCGUACGGCAAAACAGUCUUGAACGUUGCGUGCUUCUACAACAUCGCGGCCGAAACGCACCACCUCCCGCAGGUCGCUGUCAAGGCGCACUCUACGAUUCUCUCGACGACAUCACGCACGACGCUCACCCAGACCUUCUCCAACGCGAAUGACUACACGAUCGAGGAGGCCACCUAUGUCUUCCCACUGUACGAGGGCGUGUCGGUCGUGCGCUUCAAGGCGACCGUCGGCGAUCGUAUCAUCGAGGGAGUCGUGAAGGAGCGGGAGGAGGCGAAGCAGGAGUACGAGGCUGCGAAGGAUGCCGGCUUUACGGCCGCUCUUAUGGAGCAGACGCUCGAGGCCGCGGACGUCUUUACGACCAAGAUCGGCAACAUCCCGCCCAAGUCGACGUUCCAGGUCGACAUCGAGUUCAUCGGAGAGCUUAAGCAGGAUCUUCAGACUGAGGGAAUCCGCUUCACGCUUCCCGCGGAGCUGUACCCCCGCUAUGGCAAUGCUCAGGUCGAGGAGUCCGACUUUGACCAGAACAAGUCAGGCCUCGAGGCUACCGUUGACAUCCAGCUCCCAGAGGGUAUCACCAUCAAGACCGUCCAGUCGCCCUCGCACCCUAUCGACGUCUCCAUUGGCAACCUUUCCACCGACCAGGAUGCAGCGCCGAGCUUCUCCAGGGCAUCGGCCACCCUGUCUAAGAAGGAGACGAAUCUCGACACCGACCUCGUCAUUGUUAUCACCCCGUCCAAGACCGGCGAACCGACUGCUCUCCUUGAGACCCACGCCACCCUCCCCAACCAGCGCGCGCUGAUGGCUUCGCUCGUUCCCAAGUUCGCUCUCCCGGCUGAGACUCCCGAGAUCAUCUUCGUCUGCGACCGUUCCGGAUCCAUGCAGAGCAACAUCCCGGACCUGAAGCGUGCUCUGAACAUCUUUUUGAAGUCGCUUCCGCAAGGCGUCGCGUUCAACAUCUGCUCCUUCGGCUCUCGAUUCUCCUUCCUCUGGCCCAAGUCGCGCCUGUACGACCAGAAGUCGGUGGACGAGGCGACACGGCACGUCGCGACCUUCGAUGCCAACUACGGUGGAACCGAGAUGUACCGCCCACUCGAGGCCACGUUCAAGCAGCGCCUGCAUCACGGAUACAACCUCGAGGUGUUCCUCCUGACAGACGGCGAGAUCUGGGAUGAGGAGAACGUAUUCCGUCUUAUUAACGAGGCGAGCGAGAAGGGUAACGGUGACUUGCGCGUGUUCUCUCUCGGUAUCGGAUCAGGUGCCAGCACGUCGCUUGUCGAGGGUGUCGCUCGUGCCGGUAACGGCUUUGCGCAGUUUGUCGCCGACGGCGAGAACAUGGACAAGAAGGUCGUGCGCAUGCUCAAGGCGUCGCUCUUCCCCCACAUCAACAACUUCAAGCUCGAGAUCGAUUACGAGGGCGCCGGAGGCGAGUCUGACGACUUCGAGCUCAUCGAUGCCGCUUCCACCGUUGUUGAUUUCGAAAGUGAGAAGUCGGAGAAGCCCAAGAAGGCGACCAUCUCACUCUUCGACACCAGCGCUAAGAUCGACGACGCGCCCCCACCGGAGGUCAAGCCUCUCCCCACCUUUGCUGAGCAGCCGUACCUCCAGACGCCCAGCUCGAUCCCGCCUCUGUUCCCCGGCAGUCGCUCGACCGUCUAUGUGCUCCUGAACGAAGGGGCACCGCACAAGAACAUCAAGUCUGUCGCCCUCACGGCACCCAGCAAGUACGGUGAGCUGCGCCUCGAGAUCCCGGUCACCGACGUUGGUCGCGGUACGACACUGCAUCAGCUCGCUGCGCGAAAGGAAUGCCGCGAGCUUGAGGAGGGACGCGGCUUCAUCUCCCGCGCACCCGAUGCGGACGGGAAGACAGGGGCCGCGCGCUUCGGCCCGGUUUGGGACAAGAUUAUUCAGCGUGAGGCUGUCCACCUCGGCCUCCGCUACCAGGUCGCGAACAAGUGGUGCUCCUUCGUCGCCAUCGAGAAGAUGCCCGACGGCACCGAGUUCAAGGCUGGCUCAACCCAUGAGAAGGCUGAGGGCAGCCUCUACAGCGAUGGAUACCCUCUCGGUUCUGCACGAGGAGGCGCCGCCGGUGGGGGCAUCAGGAAGGCCAAGGCAGCCAAGGGCUUCGGCUUCGGAGGCUUGAGCUUCCGCUCCAAGUCACUCGUUGUUGGUUCUGCCCCUCCUCCUCCUCCCGCACCCGCACCGGCCGCGAGGUUCACGCCUUCUGCUGUCGACGCCAUCUGCACCCGUGGCUACGAGAUGCCUUCUCAGUCUCAGCCAGUGCUGUUCGGUGCGGCAGCAGCGCCCCCUGCACCCAAGCCGAGCCUGUUCGGCGGCGGCGGUGGCCUCUUUGGCCAGCGCUCAGGUGGUGGGCUCUUUGGCGGUUUCGGCAGCAAAGGAAGCAGCAACAAGGGCUCCGCUUUCGAAUCCAGUGCCUCGAUGCCAGCGUCCGACGCAUUGUUCGGCGCUGCUCCGUCGCCUGCCCUGGCCCCUCAGCCAACCGGCGCCUCGCCGGCUCUGUUUGGGCGCUCCGCCUCUCCUCCAGGCUCCACCAAGAGGGUCGGCAUCCAGUCUUCCUCUCCACCUGUUGCUGCAGCUCCACCCGCGGCCAACGCCUUUAGUUUCGGCAGCUUUGCACCGCAGGCCGAAGCCGCUGAAGUGUCGGCGCCCUCUUCCUCGCCGCUGGAGACGCUCACGGCGCUGCAGCGCUUCGACGGUUCGUGGGGCUGGACAGCGAAUCUGGAGCGCAUCACGGGCGUGACUUUCGAGGACGCCAAGAGCGCUGCACCCUCUAUCGCCGACGACGCGCUGCCGACCGCUCUGGCGAUCGCAUACUUCCGCACAAAGCUCGCCGACGACGCCGACGUCUGGGAGCUCAUGGUCGGCAAGGCCGAAGCGUGGCUUGCCAGCAAGGGAAUCAACGCAGAGGUCGCGGUGGAGGCAGUCGCGAAGCUGAUCAAGUGA